AUGCGCAUGAUUUGUCGCCAUGUGACGCCUCCAGCUGUAUCAUUGUCUACAUUACUCGCGUCCGUACGGCUUUGGCAGUGGCUGAGAGGCGUUUGUCUGGUCGUGCUUCUUGCCGGUCUGGCCUCGAUAGCCACCGUCCACGCACAGACACCUGGCCAAAUCAAGACCCUCAGGAAGGAGGCCGAGGAUCUCUUUUAUCAUGGCUUCGAGAACUACAUGUCCUAUGCCUUCCCCGAAGAUGAGCUGCGUCCGAUUUCCUGCAAACCCUUGACACGCGACCGCGACAACCCGGCGCAUAUCGAAGUGAAUGACCCCCUGGGAAACUACUCCUUGACCCUCAUCGACAGUCUAUCCACUCUUGCGAUAUUGGCUUCCAACCCGUCGAGUUCAAAACAUAAUAAACCUCUGCGACUCUUUCAGGACAGCGUCCGGGAUUUGGUUGAGCAGUAUGGGGAUGGCUCCGACGGCCCGUCCGGGCAAGGGCUACGAGCAAGAGGGUUUGAUCUCGAUAGCAAGGUUCAAGUCUUCGAGACAGCGAUACGAGGUCUUGGUGGUCUGCUGAGUGCCCAUCUAUUUGCGGUCGGUGAGCUACCGAUCCGCGGCUACACUCCUCCUCAAAAGCAGGUUGCAUAUGCUGAAGUAUGGCAGAAGGAUCAGUUCGAUGGCAAGAAGCAGGGCAUUUUUUGGCCUAAUGCGUUUGAAUAUGACGGGCAACUUCUCAGGCUGGCUUAUGACCUUGGCAACCGUCUAAUUCCUGCCUUCUGGUCCUCAACUGGUAUACCGUAUCCUCGUGUCAAUCUUCGGCACGGAAUCCCGUUCUAUGUCAAUUCUCCGUUGAAUUCUGCUAUUAGAGAUGGGCAAUGUGAAGCCCGCGCAGGAACACCCGAAAUUACCGAGACAUGCAGUGCGGGCGCCGGAAGUUUGGUGCUUGAGUUUACAGUCUUGAGCCGACUAACUGGGGACCCGCGGUUUGAGGAACUCGCAAAAAGAGCAUUCUGGGCGAUCUGGCAGAGGCGCAGUGUCAUCGACUUGAUUGGGGGUGGGAUUGACGCGGAAAGUGGAAACUGGAUCGGCACUUGGACUGGUAUCGGUGCUGGCAUUGACAGUUUUUUCGAAUAUGCUCUGAAGUCGCAUAUCCUUCUGUCGCGGGAAGCCCAUCCAGUCUACAACAGCGUCGAUGCCUCUCAAGACCCAAGAAUUCUUCAUGAAUCCCUAUCGGCAGAAGAGUCGACUUCUGAGGCUUUUCUCAAUGCUUGGAACACUGCUCAUGCUGCAAUUAAAAGGCACCUCUACCGUGGAUCAACUUAUCAGCACCCACACUAUAUUCAAGCUGAUUUCUCUACCGGUGCCGCCAGAGGGUUUUGGAUUGACGCAUUGAGUGCAUAUUAUCCUGGCCUUCUCACGCUUGCCGGGCACGUUGACGAGGCCGUGGAGACUCAUCUGCUACAGACGGCCCUGUGGACAAGGUUCUCUGCUCUGCCUGAGCGGUGGAAUCUCGUGACUGGAGGCAUUGAAGGCGGUCUUGGUUGGUGGAUAGGUCGACCAGAGUUCAUCGAGUCUACUUAUUAUCUCUAUCGCGCCACAGAAGAUCCUUGGUACUUCCACGUCGGAGAAAUGGUUCUUCGGGAUAUUAAACGACGGUGUUGGACCCGGUGUGGCUGGGCUAGCAUCCAGAACGUGCUGACCGGAGAGCAGACGGACAGGAUGGAGAGCUUCUUCCUGGGAGAAACUGCAAAAUACCUGUUUCUCCUUUUCGAUCCCACUCACCCUCUCAAUCACCUAGAUGAGCCUUUCGUCUUCACGACUGAAGGCCAUCCAUUGCUCAUCCCUCGAAGUGUUGACAAUGGCUCCGACCGAGUGGCUCUUGGGCACCCAGUCCAUGGAGAAGAGUUAAUUUGUCCCGUCAAGCCAUCACCCCUGCCACUGACCAUUUCCAGUAUUGCCUCAAGAGGCGAUGUCUACCAUGCCGCUAGCCUAGCCAGACUUCAUCUAAUGCCUCACAGGGACAACGUCGAGUCUGUACUUGGCGAAUACGCAGCGGACCACCCGAGCAUUACACUAUUGGACAUCAGCUCUCCUUCCAAUCAUACGUAUUAUCCAUGGACGCUUCCGCCAGAGCUAGUCCCCUGGAAUGCUUCGAGCUCACUCAUACCAACGAGACCGACACUUGACAUUUCGUUUCCAGCGAUAUCUCCCGCGGGCCAACCUGUUCCUCCCCUCCAACGCGUAAAAGAUGGCAUCUUGAUCAAUUCCAUCGGCGGCUUACGGCUCGGAAUGAUUCAGGAUUACCCCAUCCUUUUCGACGAUGGGUUCCACGAUACAUUUCGCAUCCAAACAAUUAACAAUAUCCCCCUUGGUAAAGAUGAAAAGGUAUACCUGGCGCGUGACACGGGCAGAGAUAUUCUUAGCCCUGCGGAUCCCAAUUUCACUCGCAUUCGCGAUCACGUUAUGUUGGACCUGGUGAUUGAUUUGAAUCGAUUGAUCGAAGAUUCCGAAGCUGGGAAAUCUAAUGAACCAGCGACGACCGCAGCAGGGCAGGAAUCUGAAAAUGGUGGGGAUGCUUCAUUUAUAAUCGAUCUUCCGAAUUUCGAAGAUGGCGCAAACGACGGCGCAAUGCGAGCAGCAUGGAACGCCAUCGUCUCGCAGAUCUCAAACCUCAUCAGAGAAAGCCGUGCUCCGUCUCCCUGGCCAUUCUCAACAGCACUUUCGCUCACUUCAACUUCAGCAACCAGGCGUGUCUCUUCAUCUACGACGUCAUCCUCCUCCCCAAAAGUUGGAGCAGGCAACUUGCUACGGUACCACCUUGCUGCGGUAACACCAACCGGCCCCGGCGCCGCGCCCCUGCCAGACUGGCCUGAAGUCUCCACCCUGUUAUCGCCUGGGGCUUCCCUGCCUGCGCUAUCGUGGACGAAGAUCUACGUGACGGAUGAACUUUGCAACCACAGAUUGCCUGUCAGCGUGGUGAAGCAGCAUCAGAUCCUCGUGGUCAAGAGGGGAAAAUGCGACUUCAGUGCGAAGCUGGAGAACAUCCCCGCAUACAAACCGAGUGCGCAGGCAUUGCAGUUGGUGGUUAUCGUAUCGUUCGGACAGAAUGAAGUUUUGGAGCACGGCGGCGCCGGAGAAGAAGACAGACCCAGCGCCCAGGGUGUCCCGAACGAUGAUGAAGGCGCACAUCCUGAUGAUGCCUACGACGAAGCCAACCUAAUCCGCCCAUACCUGCACCAACGGCAAACCACGCCAGCGGGAUUACCGCGACGAAAUCCCAUCCCGAUGGUCCUUGUGGGCGGUGGUCGGAGAGUGUACGAUGUCUUCAAGAACGGUGCUGUUGCCGUGGGGGUCAAGAGACGGUAUCACGUGGAGACCCAGGGAGUGAGGAUUGCGAAUCUGGACAUUGUGUAG